AGCCACUGUACUUUCCUUCUCUUCCAGGGAAUUCCCAGUGAGUCAUACUGAAGCCGGGGAGGAGCAGAGCCAAAACGGCUGUUGUAAGGUUGGCUGGCCCAGGAUGGGCAGCCUGGAGGUAGGGGUGCUUUUACAGGAAUGUCUGGAAGAAGCAGAGAACCAGAGAGACAAAAAAGAGCAGCAAAAACCAACUGAGAAGCAGGCAGCGGCAUACCGCACGUGCAGAGAUGCUCUGUGCCCGGAGCUGUUCUCUCUCCUCCAGGAAGCACAGCACAUGCAGUGGCCCUUUGUCCCAGAGAAGUGGCAGUAUAAGCAGUCAGUGGAGACCAACGAUAAGACUAACCUGAGCGACCUCAUCAAGAAGCACCUGCAGCUACUCCUGGCUCUCCUCAAAGCAUCCAUCCAGUCUCAGGAACCUGUGUGUGCUCUGGCUGUGGUUUUCUUAGUUGACCGCUUCCUUUAUUGGGCAGAUGAAUCCAGCCGACUGCUCAAGAUCACCAAACUAGUGCACAAACUGCACCCAGAGACACCUGUGGCACCCCAGCUGGUCAUCCGACAAGCCCGCGUCUACCUCAACUCUGGGAAGCUGCAGAAGGCUGAAUACAUCCUCAGUAGCCUUAUCAGCAACAGUGGAACUACAGGUUGCUGGGAGUACCAGAGUGAUACUGACCGUGCACUGGUGCAGGCAGUCAGUGUGCAAGUGAGGGGGAUGAUUCUGCAAAAACUUGGCUUGUGGCUGGAGGCUGCAGAAUUGAUAUGGGCUUCUUUAGUUGGAUAUUACACUCUUCCUAAACCUGAUAAGAAGGGUAUAGGAACUUCCCUUGGUUUACUGGCCAAUAUUUUAUUGUCUAUGAAUGACGAGCACUUCAGUGCUUUCAAGGCUAAUCCUGACAUAGACCUGUCUUUACUUGGAGAGAGCAGCCACCGUCUCCUGUCCGCAGCCCAAGCAGCAAAGAUGGCAGUGGUCUACAGCCAGUACACUUCACUCUAUGUGCUGACUAAUGCGGUUUCUCAGGGCACAUCUCUGCUCUCCUACAGCUUCUCUAUCCACUGCCCCUCCUCCCUGCACCACCACUAUCUUCUCCAAGCUCAAGAGGCUUUUGAAAUUGGCCUUCUCACCAAAGCUUCCACUGAAACUGUCACAAGCAUCCAAGAACUCCACACAUUCCUCAAAUCUGCCUACUCUCUUGCUAUAACACAAAAAUGGCUUGGUGCUAACCCUUCAGUUGUCAGCCAAGCUAAGCAAGCCUGUAAGAAAGCCCUAGAACAUUUCUAUGACUACUGCAAUGCCCAAAACCAAGACAGAGAUGUGUUAUGUUCUGAUAUUAUGAAACUCAUUGCUAAAGUUAAAGAUUUGUUGCAAGUUGUGGCAUUUGAAAAUUCUGACAAGCAGUCUUUUAUUCCAGAUAGCUUCAGAAAUAUCAAAGAAACCCCUGUUCAUUUUAAUUUGGAAAUGUUUUCAAGAAUGAUUCUCAAGUUCAAGAAGUUCCAUGCAACAUUAUCCGAAAUGGAUCAAACUUGCAAAAGUGCUAAAGCUGAGCAAGCUAAGUACUGCAUAACAGCUUUUGGGACAACUGUUGGAAAUGUGAAUCCGGAAUGUAGCACGCAUGCUAAUCUACCUGACACAAGCACAUCUUCUAGUGAUGAUCUUGGUUCAUCUUGGAAUAAAAUCUCUUUUAGCAAUUCUCUAAGAUUGAGUUCUGGAAGCGCAACAGCAGCUAGGAUCCAGAGUUUGCCAAAAACAGAUGAUGAUAAAAUUCCCUCCAGUUUAAGCUUGGGAAGUUUGACACAAUCCAUGAAUUCUUCCAAUGCUAGUCUCCAAUCUUGGAAUGUCAAACUCCUAGCUGCUUUAGAAACAGUUGAUACUGAAAGUGAUAUUGAAAAAGCAAUACAGUCUUUAAGUGAUAGUUAUGGUUCAAAUUCGUCUUGGGAAAAGCUCUCAGCCGAUAUGAACUUUCCAAGAAGUAAGCCCAUGCUACCUAAAGUUGGUAAUAAGUCUUCGGAGUCCAACGAUAGUAUAUUCCAUUUAGAAACGACUGACUCAGAAAUGCCAGAUUCUUUAAAUGCCAGUAGCAAUAACAGAAAUCCAAAUAUGGUUAGCGGAAAUCCUAUUGCCAGCCCAGAAUCGAUUUUGAUCCAAGCUAACCAGUGUGUGUCAACUGAACCAUCUACUGAUAGUUCUUUUGAAAUUGUUGAACAAGUAAAGAUUGAAGAUCAAGUGGACAAUACUAGCAAGAAAGAACAGAGGAAUGAUCCAAAGGAGGAGAAGAAUGCUCUAUGCUACAAUUGCUUGAAUGGGAAUUUUGGGAGGUCCUCAGAAGGCCAGUAUAUUUUGACGGAAGAGGAUUACAGUGCCUUACUUGCAGGAGUGUGUCAUCAGUGUUUGUUAAAAAGGCUCAACAGUGAGACAACCUUCCAGCUAAAGCGACACAGGAUGGCUUAUUCCAGUCUGCAUCUGAAGUUCUCCAAAACCACUGGACUGUGGACAGCCCAGGAGACUUGUGUUUACAUCGGAGAGGAUAUGAAAUUGACAGGCAAACAGAGAGCGGCAUUGUGGGUACAGUUCUUACACCAGGAAGAGCGGUUAAGCAGCUAUGUGGGCAAAGACUACCUAGAGCCACGCCAGAUAGAGUUCCACCUGAAGGAUGUGGAGAGGCAGAUGACCGCACAGUUCUAUGUGACUCAGUUCAAUGAGAGUCUGUACGAGCGUGAGCAGAUGGCACAGAUCUUCUUCAUCCCCUCAGAGGCACUGUUGAUCCUGGAGGAGAACCAGAUUGUCAGUUGUGUGACAGUGGAGCCGUACAUGCUAGGAGACUUUGUGAAGCUCACCAAUAAUACUGUGAAGAAAGCGAAGCAUUUUGAGGCCACAAAAUAUGGCCUUGCCUUUGGACACUUCACCUACCUCAUCUCCGGAGGGCAGGAGGUCGUGGUGGAUCUACAAGGUUGGGUGACAGCUAAUGGCAAAGGACUGACUUACCUCACUGAUCCACAAAUCCACUCCAGUAAGUUCCCCAAGGGCCCUUCCAACUUUGCCGAGAGGGGCUUGAGGUACUUCUUAUCAGAGCAACAUGGGCCAGAAUGUAAUGAGAUCUGCAAAAAGCUCCAACUUCCACCAGUGCCCAGUUUACCUCUGCUAAUACCCGAUUCACUGUAAUGUAUGUAUGAGAGUAUGCAGAGGACAGUUAUGGUAACUCAUGAGGGACAUGUUGUUGCAAUAAAAAAAAACAAAAAAGCAUUGGUAUCAAUAUUGAUCAUAACAUUAAAGGAACUCUAUGUGAGAUUUUAAUUUUACAUUCCAUAAAUAUGACCUAACCCAGACAAUAAAUAAAUAAUGGCAAUGUUAUUUACAAAAAUACUGGACAUGAUGGCCAAGUUGUUUAUGUCAAAAUUUUGAGUUUUAUUUCGCAAGUGAAUGGUCCAGUCAGGAAACAGAAUGGGCCUCAUUUGGGACGCCAGUUUCAAAGUUAGAAACCUAAGGACUCCCACUGAUCUGAACGUCAAAACCCAGCACCUGCAGCCAAUCAUUAGUCUGUACUACUGCAGCCUCUGCAGCUCAAUGAGUGAAUUCAGGAGGUUCUGAGCUUUCACAUGAGGCA